AUGGUCAUUUUUGGGAACCAAUUCAUCGAAGACUAUGCUAUUUAUGCGUCAGGUUUGUAUGUAAUGCGAGAGAUUGACUUCGCUACGAUGAUGAAGGACACCACCCAAGCACAGAUCCAACGAGUGUUAGAGGUGGAGCGUGAUCAGGGAGAUCAAGUGGUCGACCACCAAAAGACUUUGGAUCUGGAGGCGCAAGAUUUCACGGAGGUGGAUCCGCGCUGGAUCCAUGCCUACAGAUCUUUCAGUGUUCUUAAAUCCAAGAUCGCCACUACCCCCAUCCCGAGGCACUUUGAUCCAGAUCGAAGAGCUACGAUCGUGGUAUACGCUAGUGACUGGGCCAUUUCAGGAUCACUGAUGCAGUAA